CAAAAGCGAAAAUGUCAUCAAAGUACUUGAAAGGCCAAAAUCUCUGAAGGACCUGUGGGAUAUGACGGCGUAACAAUAUGAGAAUUGUUUAUUUACAGUAGUUCUUGAACAGUUAUUGAAAAUGAAGACCAGAUUUAGUACGUUCGAUAUUGUUUCAAUUGCCACUGAACUUCAAAGGUUGAUUGGCAUGCGCGUUGCACAGGUAUAUGAUAUAGAUAACAAGACAUUUCUUAUCAAGCUGCAAAGACCCGAGGAAAAAUGUGUUCUGCUUUUGGAAUCUGGGAACCGUAUACAUACGACGGGCUUCGAGUGGCCAAAAAAUGUAGCUCCUUCGGGUUUCAGCAUGAAGAUGCGCAAGCACCUGCGCAACAAGAGACUAGAACAUUUGAAACAACUUGGCAUGGACAGAAUACUGGAUCUUCAGUUUGGAACAGAACAAGCAGCGUACCAUAUCAUACUUGAAAUGUAUGACCGAGGCAAUAUCGUGUUAACAGACUGCGACAUGACAAUUUUGUACAUUCUACGGCGUCAUGUGGAGAAUGAAGAUGUGAAAUUUGCGAUAAAGGAAAAAUACCCAAUGAACAGGGCACGAACUCAUGAAGGAGCACCAUCUCUAGAAAAACUUCAGUCAGUAUUUGCAUCAGCCAAAGAGGGUGAUAAUCUAAAAAAGAUAUUGAACACAAACCUUGAAUAUGGACCAGCAGUCAUUGAGCACGUACUACUUAGAGGUGGCUUUCCCAGUGGAUGUAAAUUUGGGAAAAAUUUCAGUGUGACAGAGGAUUUGCCAAAGCUUUGUGAAGCACUUACUGAAGCUGAAAAGCUUAUGGAAAAUGCUGCUAGGCAAGUUUCAAAGGGAUACAUUCUUCAAAAGAAAGAAAAACGUCCACUACCAGAUGGAGGCGAAGAGGACUUUUUUACAAAUAUAGAAUUUCAUCCAAUGAUAUUUGAGCAGCAUAGUAAUCAGCCGCAUAAGGAAUUUCCUACCUUUGAUGCUGCAGUUGAUGAAUUUUUCUCUACACUGGAAGGUCAAAAGAUUGAUAUGAAAGCUUUGCAGAUGGAGCGAGAAGCUAUGAAGAAACUAGCAAAUGUAAGAAAGGACCAUGAUCAGAGACUUCAAGCGCUUGAGCAAACACAAGAACUGGAUAAGCAGCGGGCUGAGCUGAUAACCCGCAACCAACAGUUGGUUGAUGAUGCUAUCAUGGCUAUUCGUGCCGCACUGGCCAAUCAGAUGUCGUGGCCAGACAUACAGGCCAUGGUAACAGAACUCCAAAACCGUCAGCAUCCUGUUGCAUGUGCAAUUAAAGGACUCAAACUUCAAAUUAAUCAUAUCACACUGCAUCUCAGUGACCCGUAUGCUGAUGAGGAUUACUCAGAUGAUGAAAGUAGGGAUGAAGUUCUUAAACCAAUGACAAUUGAUGUUGAUUUGGAUCUGUCUGCGUAUUCCAAUGCAAGGAGGUACUACGAACAGAAAAGAAAUGCUGCCAAAAAGCAACAGAAAACCAUUGAGUCUCAUAGCAAGGCCCUGAAGUCUGCUGAGAGGAAAACAAAACAAACUCUUAAGGAAGUUCAAGCAAUGGUAAACAUCAGUAAAGCACGAAAAGUGUAUUGGUUUGAAAAAUUCCACUGGUUUAUUAGCUCCGAGAACUAUUUGGUCAUUGGAGGUCGUGAUCCAAAGCAGAAUGAACUGAUUGUGAAACGUUAUAUGAGACCAGGUGACAUAUAUGUUCAUGCAGAUGUGCAGGGAGCAAGUAGUAUUGUUAUCAAAAAUCCAUCUGGGCAGCCAGUGCCCCCGAAAACCCUCAAUGAGGCUGGCAUCAUGGCAAUGUGCUACAGUGUAGCAUGGGAUGCAAAGGUUGUGACCAGUGCUUGGUGGGUACAUAGUGACCAAGUUUCUAAAACAGCACCAACCGGAGAAUAUCUGACGACUGGAGCCUUCAUGAUACGUGGAAAGAAGAACUUCUUGCCACCUUCCCAUCUGAUCAUGGGCUUUAGCUUCCUUUUUAAACUUGAAGACGAUUCCAUACAACGGCAUAAAGAUGAAAGGAAAGUCCGAAAUGUUGAAGACGAUGCUAUAUCAGCAGUAACAGAUAUCUCAGCAGAGCAGGACCAAGAGAUAGAACUGGUUGAUAGCGAUGAUGAAGGAGAUGGAGACAAUUCUCAUGAGAAACAUGAUGAAGCAGUUUCCCAGGAAAACAAUGAAGAUGCAGAAGACCUACAGGCUGAUGAAAGCACAAAAGAGAUUGAAGCUGUUGAAGCAGCCAAGGGAGAUAUGAAUGAUAGUGAUGCACCAAAUGAGGAAGAUAAUGCAGAGGGGCAACCAAUGUUUCCUGAUGUGGAACUCAAAAUUGAGCACAGUCUUAACAGAUUGAAUCUUCAUGUAGUAAAUAAACCUCAGAAUGGUGUAAAUGAUACGGAUGAUCAGAAAAUGGCUAGCAGGCAUCAAAACAGAAAGCAGAAACCAACACAACAGAAAAAUGAAGUUGCUGAAGAUUCUGACUCAAAAUCUGGUAACAAGUCUCAGCAACAGUUGAAACGAGGACAGAGAGCAAAACUGAAGAAAAUUAAAGAAAAGUAUAAGGAUCAAGAUGAAGAAGAAAGAAAGCUACGCAUGGAAAUUUUGCAAUCAGCGGGCUCUCCAAAGGACAGCAAAAAGGGUAAAAAAUCUGCAAAGGAUGCUAAAGGAAAGAAUCAGAAAAGUAAAGGCACUAAUGGAGUUGUAGCUUCUGCUGAACGGCAGCAAGCCGAACAGAAGAGUCGGCCGCGCCCGGCACCCAAGCCUAGCAAUCAGGAGCAUGGUGGGGAUGAAUCUGAUGGUGGAGGUGCAGCGGAAGAAGUGGAAGUGACGGUGGCAGCUGAAGUGGACAUGUUGGAUUCUCUCACUGGUUGCCCCCUUCCAGAAGAUGAACUACUAUUUGCAGUACCCGUUGUAGCGCCGUACACUACACUACUUAACUACAAGUUCAAAGUAAAAAUAACACCAGGAACAGGCAAGAGAGGAAAGGCUGCCAAAACUGCGCUCAACGUGUUUCUCAAAGAUCAUACCACAACUGCAAGAGAGAAGGACUUGAUAAAAAGUGUUAAGGAUGAAGACCUGUCCAGGAACAUACCAGGAAAAGUUAAGAUUUCGGCACCACAGUUGCAAAAACUGCGUAAAUGAUAUUUUGUGAACUCUUUUCUGUAUGUACAUUGUACACGAUCAUAUAGGAGAAAAUUCUGAUUUUACAUGUUAGAAUUGUACAAGGAAAAUGAGAUUAUGACACUAAAAUUGUUGUGCGUACUGUUGGAGAGGAAUAAUGUCUUUCAUCGGGUAUAAGUUUUGGAAAACUUGAGCUUAUAUAUAUAUAUAUGCUGUGCUUCAUAAUGAAAAUAAAGAUUUUUUUUCUAA